GUUGAAGGGCGAGGGCGGCGCGGCGACACCACAGAAGAAGAGCAGCUCGACUGUGUCGCACGUAGCAGUCGUCUAAUCGACGGUUGGUCUCGAUCUUACACUCGCUUACCAAGAUGGUCCGACCACAUUUUGGACCGCCACGCUUAAAGCCAAGACCUUAUGGAGAUGGUCAUGGCAUUGGACCGAAUGAAGGGAAUUACAACCCCAACUCCAAAAGUCGAAGAGACGUCCAGGGCUACCAAGUAAAGGCCCCUUUUAACUGGAAAGACUCCAGAGGUAGAGGACGGCCCCCGGUUGUCAGAAGAGUGCCCCUGAUGGGAGAACAAAGGGAACCACGAUUCAAUAACUGGAGGUCCCCAAAUCAGGAUUCCUUUCAUUCAUACCCUCCCAAAAUGGAACCACACCAUAGCCAGAGGAGGCCUUCUCCUUCUAGGCCAAACCGUUCCCCCCAUGUCCAGCAUCAGUCAUCUUCUCGUAGUCCUGCACAUGGAUCCCCUAAUCAGAGGGGCCCGCCUUUCCAUGGCCACCCCUCAGGUCACAGGUCACCCUCCCCGAGACAUUUUCGCAGCCACCCAGCUGACAGGAGGCAAGGCUUCACACCAGCCAACCAGGGGUCUUUCAGGGGCCCCAGAAGGCAGUCAGGUUUUUCGCAUCAGGAGCAGCGGAAUCGAGACCCCCGUGGGAAUUACAGUCCCAGAGAAAGGCCCUUUGAGCACUCAGGUCAUGGCAUGAAGCGCUGGAACGAGCCUGGAGCAUUCUCUCAUCAACACAAUGGAGAACACGGGCCCUCUGGGUCACAGAGGAGCCCCAGAGAGAUGCAUGGGAGAGGCCCAAUGCCAGAGAGGUGGUCAUCUGAGCAAGACUCCAGGCGGCAGCGUGGCCCGGUGGAGAGGCAGGGCAGCAGAUCCCACAGUAGAGAGAGGGUUCAAGAUGGCCCUCACCCGCCCCCUUUCAGAUCCCCCACAUGGAAAGGAGGUCCAUCACCAUCAUCCUCCUACCACAGAAACCCUCAGGAGAGGCAACUGGCAGGACCCCGCAAGAGGAGGAUAUCAGACAUCAGCAUGCCCUCUUCAGACCCUGCACUGGAGCAUGGCAAUCCAAAACACCCCAGGAGAGAGAGACCCCAGCUGCUCAAUAUUCCCAGGCCAUUUGGCGGUAAACCUUUGUCUCUUAGGGAUAAAAGUUACCUGGUUAAGAACAGACAAAUCAGAGCUGAGUCUCUCAUGAGGCUUAGAAUACCUCCAUCUGUGAAACCCAGGCUUCACCUGGGCGACUCUGCCUCACAGGGAAAUGUCAGCUCUGUUCUUGCUAUCAGGAAGAGACGUUUCCAGUCAAAUGCAGUUCCCCUGAAAAAGAUGGAACCAAGGAGGCCAAAACCGCAACAGUCACCCUCAAGAGAAGAUAGCAAGUCUGCAAGAGACUCUGAUACUGGCAAAGAACAGGUGGAGUCUCGCCGGUCCUUGAACACACACAGAUCUUCUCCCAUAGAGAAACGUGACCUUGUUGUUUUGUCCCAUUGGCCGCCUGGGCCGAGCACCUCCUCCAAGGGCGGCUCACCUCCGAAAACUCGCAGCCCAAAACCAAAGAGUGAACAUGAUUCAGACGGAGAUACCACACCGAACAGCCGACUCUCAAAGACGAAUGAUUCCAGAUCAUCACCUGAAGACAGAAAACGGGCAUAUAUGGAUAAGAAGUUCAGGCCUUUUAAUAUGAUGCAGGACAACCACAGACCUGGGAGGCCCUUCAGGAGACCUGGACCCGGACCCGGAUGCGGACCGGGGCCCGGACCUGGACCCAUGCAGAGACCAAGGUUUAUUGGUGGUCCAAGAAAGAUGGGUCCUGAACUCUCUGGAAAUGUUAGAAGACCACUCAUGGAGAGCUUGGUGCCACGUCCCUUCCCAAAUCAGAGGCCAGUGUUCAGAAAAAGUUACAGUAUCACGUCCAAAUACCGCACCAUGAGAGUGAUGCGUCAGCGUCCACCGUACAACCGAGGACCCAAUCAGCAGCGCUGGUGAUACGUUUCGCACAGGUCCCACAUUCUGCAGACAACAAACUGGACAUAGUAGAAAAAUCACUACUGGGUAGACUGCACCAAACCCUUCUCUGACUACAAUCCCAACCUGCCUGUGUAUUAUGGAAGUGUUGUUGAUUACCUUUGUUCUCUUGUACAUGUGUUUAUACACAUCUUUGAAGUACUGCUGUACUUUUGUUUUAGAAUAUUUGUAACAUAUGCCAUUGCUAUAUACUGACCUGCUUUUUUUUUUCUGUGUAUAAUUAUUUGGGAUUUGCUGCUCCUGGUGUUAGCAGUCUUCAUUUUACAGGAAUAGUUUUAGCUUUUUUUUGUUGACCAGCAUCAAUUGUUUUUGUAAAGUCUAAAAUAUGUUUACUUUAAUAUGACAGCUUUUUAUUUGUAAAGACUUAUCACAUGAGAUAUUUGAUUAAUCAUGGGUGUUUUUGAUUAGAAAACGCUGCUUGUCGAAAGACACUUAGCUACUACUUGUAAAACUUGUAUAAUCACAUGUUAAGUUUGUUGUUUGAGACUUGAAAUAAAAACAAAUUUAACAAGC